GCAGCAUCUCUCUCUCCACGAGGCCCCGUUCUCCUGAACAUUUUAAUAUUCCAUCACUAUAAACAACACACUUAUCACUAAUUCACUAUCACUUAGGUUUCAUCAGCUUCAUCAGAGCUGAAAUCUCAUCCGUCUCUAUCUAUCUCUCACCAGAAAAUUCAACAAACUCUAAAAAUCUCAAACACCAUGGCAACAGCAUCACAAAUCCAUUGCUUUCAUAGUCUUCAGAAGUCGCCGAUCAGAAGAACAACUCCAUCAUCAUCAUCAUCAUCACUGAAAUGUAGAAGAUACUCCUCCAUUAUCACCUGCAACUCCUCCAACAAAAUCUCAGGGGGUCGAAAGCUACGCGCAGCUGUAAUCGGUGGUGGUCCAGCUGGUUCAUCAGCAGCAGAAGCUCUUUCAAGAGGUGGAAUCGAAACAUACCUCAUCGAAAGAAGUCCGUCUGGUGCUAAACCAUGCGGCGGUGCAAUUCCUCUGUGUAUGCUUGAUGAAUUCUCAAUCCCUCUCGAACUAAUCGAUCGUAGAGUCACUCAAAUGAAGAUCAUAUCACCUUCGAAUCUCACCGUUGAUUUCGGUAAAACCCUUAAACCUCAUGAAUACAUUGCUAUGAUCCGCAGAGAAGUUCUUGAUUCCUUCCUUCGUUCUCGUGCUCAAUCCUACGGUACUAAUGUCAUUAAUGCUCUUUUUACACAUCUCGAGGUGCCUGAUUCACCUGAUUCUCCAUACACCGUGCACUACAAUAGCAAUGGAUCUAAAGAAUCUAUUUCUGUCGAUGUUGUGAUUGGGGCGGAUGGUGCGAACAGCAGGGUGGCGAAAUCCAUUGAUGCUGGAAAUUACAGUUACGCCAUUGCUUUUCAAGAACGAAUUCGUCUGCCCGACGAGAAAAUGAGAUAUUACGAGAAUCUUGCCGAGAUGUAUGUCGGAAACGAUAUCUCUCCCGAUUUUUACGGAUGGGUUUUCCCUAAAUGUGAUCACGUGGCAGUGGGAACUGGAACGGUGUGUUCGAAGCAGGAUAUUAAGUUGUAUCAGAACGGAGUUCGGGAAAGAGUGAAAGAGAAAAUCUACGGUGGGAAAGUGAUCAAGGUUGAGGCACACCCGAUUCCUGAACAUCCAAGACCACGCCGAGUUAGAGGACGAGUUGCUCUAGUAGGCGACUCAGCUGGUUAUGUUACAAAAUGUUCAGGAGAAGGUAUAUAUUUUGCAGCUAAAUCGGGCCGAAUGUGUGGAGAAGCAGUCGUACGGUCAUCAUUGAAUGGAAUUAGAAUGAUUGAUGAAAAAGAUUUGAGGAAAGAGUAUCUGAAAAAAUGGGACUCACAGUAUAUCAACACAUUUAGGUUUUUGGAUAUACUGCAGAAGGUAUUUUAUGGUAAUAAUGCAGCUAGAGAGUGUUUAGUAGAGAUUUGUGGUUGUGAUUAUGUACAGCGUAUGACGUUUGAGAGUUAUUUGUAUAAGAAGUUGGCUAGAGGGAAUCCAUGGGAAGAUGUUAAAAUGGUGGUCAAUACUGUUGGUAGUUUGAUUAGGUCUAACAUUAUCAAGGAAGAGAUGGAAAGGCUUCAAGUUUAAUUCAUCAGGUUGAUGUGUGUUGUAUUGCUCUGUGCAUUUUAAUAAAAUUUUGGGAUUUUUGUUUUGGGUCCAUUUUUCUGCA